CCUCUUUCCGCCUUCUGCUUCCGUCUUUCUCGAUCACUAUCGAACGGGACGUAGGCUAGAAUAUUCUCGUGAUGGGAGUAGAGAUUUGAGACUAGACACUCAGCAUAUGCGGGAAGCGGUUCUUGGACUGGUAGGUGGACGAGAAGAGAAGUUUGGGCAGCACGGGGACGGCAGUGUGUACCAGCCUUACAAUAGUCUUUUACGACGAGCAGGACAAGACGACACAGCAGACCACGGACGUGAGCAGGACUUGACUGAAGAUGUGCCGUAUCCAUUAAUAGCUACGAUCAAGGCGAAUACGUCUGAUCAACAAGAAAGACAAAAAGAAGGCUGCAACGACCGUAUCAUGGAACGACCUCCUUCUUCUUCUCUUUCACCAGCUCAUUCAACAUCUUCUGCAAGUAGAACCUCCACAAAAGGCUCCCUUUUGACCAUCCAGGAGCCAAGAAAGUCUCUUCUUGCUUUUCUGCGUGAGAGGGUUUCAGUGAUCUACCUGAAUAACAUGCUGUGCGAUUGUCCUGGUGACGGCCGACGCACCUGCGGAGGCUUCAGCAUUUCCCCUAGCUCUAUCACUGAUUUUCUCGAUGCCGUCAAAGCUCUUCUAGCAACUUCACAGGAGAGCAGGCCUUCUUGGGUGGUCAUCAAACAGAAACCUCCCAGACAUGUUCGAGCGAAUAAUGGACUUGGAGUUGGGCAACUCUCUGCAUCAACGCUAACUACAAAUCAGCGUACUAGAACGAAAGCGAGAAAUUCUCAUGCAGCCUGUGGUCGUGAUUCUGGUAGCCGCAGCACCAGUUGUAGUGUAGGUGGGAGACGACCGCAACGUAGUAGUCGACGAUUCUUCCUUCAAGAUUUAGUCCUCAAAACUCCUACGACAAGAAGUAGCUUCACCGACUUGCUCUGGGGCGAACUACUUCUCAAUCGUCCUGAAGAAGCGGAUGAUACUCGACGAGAAACAGUGGUCGACUGCUGCGUUUCCGGUAUUCGAGGCGUGUGUAUGAGCAGCACCCCUUUCUGGGUUUUCUUUGCUUUUGACCACUCGCUGAUAGUGUUGAAGCGCAUGUAGGAGGGGUAGGGGAAAAAAAAAUCAUGCACAUGCUCAAACGGGCUUCGUGGCGAGCAGCUUGAGGGAACUAACAAUUUCAAUUGUGAUUCUGUCGACACUGACUGGUCUGUAGCAGUAUUUAAUGAAAAUUGAAAUUCAAGAACAUCAAAACCAUUCAUCAUGUUCAUCGCAAUCUUUUGCGUUUGAACAUAAUUUGCAUAUAAUUUAACCAAAUAGUCGUGCACGUCGAUCAGGAGGAUUACAAUCCUUCUCAUUUCUGACUGAAGAAUCGUCAAAUUCGAAAGCUAACCUGGUUCUUAGAUCAUAGAUGUGUUGUAAUCGUUAUCGUGUGUAAAAAAGUUUCGAUCUUCAUCGUCAACAUCGGAUUUCUACCUGCAUAAAAUGAGUAUCCCACUCGUUCCUAGGACAGCGCCCUGCUCACGAAUAUGCUUCCGCAAUGGGUCGAGUCAACAACUACUCGUGAAAUUUAGAUCAUUCACCUUGUUCAAUUAUUUUUUAUUAUCGCAUGUAAUGUAUUCGACUCUAACCUCAACAUACUUUGAUUUUCCUCAUCGACGUUGCUGAAGAUAAACUACUGCUGUGAAGUCAGCGUCAGUUACCUUCAUUUUUUUUUCAACAUCAGAUUACCAGUUUGAAUUUGAAAAGUUGAAACAGCUCUACUUGUUCUUCAGGAAUUGAAUCCCUCAAUUCUUCUCUUGUUCUGCUUUUGUGUAAUACAAAGAAAAAUUGCAAUUGGAGUGCAUCUGCUUAUUAAUUCGUGAAGAUGUCCCAGUCGCAGUCCCUAUGCCACUACUCAUCUCGGUGUGUGGACGGCGAAGUAUCUUCACUUUGUUAACGGUUCCUCGAUGAAAGAAUAGUACUAUGCACCAUCAAGAGUAGAAGAAUUAUGUUGUCGAGAUUAUAGCGAAUUAAACAAAACAUGUAAAAAAAUGUGAUCAGUGUACUCGUCGUACCCGAGGC